AUGGGUGCCGUCACAUGAACCACCUCCGUACACGGGAUUCACAUGCACAACGCUGCGGGCGUACGAGAACUGCCAGAAGAACAAGCGCCCCGACUCCGCUUACCUCAACUGGCAGUGGCAGCCCGACGACUGCGACUUGACAAGGUUCGACCCAGCUGCAUUUGCAAGCCGCUUCAGAAACAAGGUGCUUGGCAUUUCAGGCGACUCGUUCUCCUCCAACUUUGGUAGCUCCAUCCGCUGCAUUAUCGCCUCCUUCACCACCACCAAGGACUUCACGUCCACGUGGUACGGGCAGGAUGUGCGCGGGUACAAGGUGCCGGCGUACAACAUCACCGUCCUCUCGCUCUCUGCUGUCUUCCUAGUUGACGCCACGCCCAUGGGUGCUGCCAAGAGCAGUGGCACCUGGAAAAUUCACCUGGACAAGCCCAAGGAGGUUUGGGCAUCCGUGCUUCGCUUCCUGGAUGUCUUCAUCUUCACCACUGGCCACUGGUUUGUAAAUGUGCGACCCCCGUGCUUCUCCUCUCUGCUUGCUCGCACGCUGCCACCCCUUCUGCUAUUUGCUGACCCUUGCAUGUCUAUACCUGCCCCCCAACAGGCCCCCCCUAAGCUGCGGCAGUUUUACAUGAAGGGAGUGUUUCAGAGUGACAUGAGUCCAUUCCAGGCCAUGAGCGUUGCUCUUUCCACAGUGCGGGACUUCAUCAUCAGCUCUGGCUACCGUGGUGUGCCUGUCAUUCUCUCAUACUCGCCAUACCAUUACGAGGAAGCCUAUGGUGGCGAUCCAAAGAAGAGCUGCAAAGGAGCACAGAGGCCGUUCACAGAUGCAGAGGUGGCUGUUGCAGAGAGAGGCACAGAAGCACUGGAUGCAGUGGCCACACAGCUGGGCGUGUUUCAACAAGUGGGCAUGUUUCCGCACGCUGGAGGGGCUUCGAUGGACGAGCUUCUCGGCCUCGUCCAGUUGCUCUCAUCACAACAGCAGCAGCCGCAGCAGCAGCAGCAGCAAGCGCCGCUGUCCAUGGAGGGUGCGGUUGUUCAGCAGGACCCGGGCACCGCGGCUCUCCUCUCGUCGCACCUCUCUUCCAACUCCGACAGUGCCGCCGCCGCCGCUGGCGCUGCAUCGUCCAGCUUCGCGGGUGCGGCGGGCUGGGCGCCGCUGUCCCGCGCGGGGGUGUUGCCAGAAUCCCUUCCCGCCGCCGACACAGCAGGCCCGCUGCGCACGGCGAGCGGCACAUGGCUGGGCGGCAGCAGUCGAUUGGCGGACCUGCUAGGGCAGUGGACGGCGGGGCGUGUGUGGAGCCCCGCGCCCGUCGUUGCGCAGAGUGGCGGUGCAGCAGGUCCCGCCGGCGCGGAGAGCGUGUUGGGCGGGCAGGUGAGCGGCGGAGUGAGGAGAGGAGCGGACUUGAAUGGGAAGGACGUGCUUGGAGUUUUAGGGAGGGGCGCAGACGAGAGGGGCUUGGAGGUGGCGGGCGGCAACUCCAGGGAAGCGGAGCCGGUUGAGCGCGCGAUGUGGGGGGGUAACGCGUGCAAUGGAGUGAGAGGGCACCCCCGGUCAUCCAGCAGUCCUGGCGUUGCGUCUGGCACAGGGUUUGGCCCGGGGAAGGACGGAUUAGGGGAGGGAGAGCGCGGGCUUGACGGAGGUGCGCGGAGGGGGAAAAGCCCAGCAGCGGCGGGCGUGGUGGGCGCCAGCAGCUGUGUGAACAGCAGUCGUGGCGCAGCGGGCGCGGGGAUGGUCGGGUUGGGGGACAACGCGCGCGCGUGGCUGGGGCGCAUUGGUGGCGCGAGCUCCGGGGAGGCACGGGGUGUGAGGGGAGGGGAAGCAGGGGCAGAGGGCAGGGCGAUGGCAGGCGGCUCAUUGGACCCGCGCACUCAAGCCCUGGCGCCAGAGGCAGCGCAACGCUUGCAAGGGCAGGCGCAGGGCGGGGGGGAGGCGGAAGGGGAAGAGGGGCUGGAGGCGCUGCGGGCGGCGGCGGCAGCGGCAGUGCAGCUGUCGGAGCGGCUGAGGCUGCACGUGGACCUGCUGUGCGUUGAACUCGCGUCCACGCAGCACUGGCGCGCACCGGGCGGCGCAGCCACGGGAGGCAAUAGCGGCGACUCGGAGGAGAGCAAAGAGCUGGUGAUCAUUCUGCGCAGAAAGAUAGAGCGAUUCUGUGGCCAGGGCAUGGAUUGCUUCGCCGCCUGCCAACGACUCGUCGCCUCCACGCCACUCACUCCCCAGUCGCCUCAGCAUAAACAGCAGCAGCAGCAACAGCAACAGCAGCAACAGCAACAGCAGCAGCAGCAGCAGCAGCAGCAGCAGCAGCAGCAGCAGCAGCAGCAGCAGCAGCAGCAGCAGCAGCAGCAGCAGCAGCAGCAGCAGCAGCAGCAGCAGCAGCAGCAGCAGCAGCAGCAGCAAAAUCUGCUGCAGGGGCAGGGGCAGGGGCAGGGGCAGGGGCAGGGGCAGGGGCAGGGUAAGGGGCAGGUUGAGCGAGGGGCGGGGGGGGGUGCAGCAAUGCAGGCGUCAGGGUCUUACGGGGCAGCAGAGCUAAUGGCGAUGACAGAGAGGCGCCCGUGGGCGAGUGAGCAAGUGAAUGGUGGGGCGGCCAUGCAGCCAAAAGGCACAGAGGGCCAGGCGGGAUGGAAGGGUGGGCAAGGGGUGCAGGGCGGCGCUGCUAUGACGAGUGCAGAGGCAGGGCGGGAGGCGAGGGCGGCAGCAGGAGGCGGGGGCAGUCAGAGCCAGGGAUCAGGCUUCGCGUUUGCUGUGGGCGGCGUGGGCAGUGACGUGCAGGCCAGCCCCAGCGGGCUGCGUGCUCGCACUCCGUGGGGCGCGGGGCUCACUGGCAAGCCUGCAGGCGGCAGCCGUGGCCACGCGCAGAGGGACGCUCAGGGGCACGCGCAGGCGGAGGGUGUGGGGGGUCACCAUGGGUGGGCCGCCAAGGCAGAACUGCAGGCGCUGGACGUGGGUGGUGGGGGCGAAGGGCUAGCGGCAAUGGCGGGAGGUGGCGGGGCGAUGCGUGUGGCGGAUGGCACGGCGUCGCCCACUCUGAGCACGGCGUCCUCGUGGCCCUCGGAGCACGACCUCGCCCUGCCCGCCCAUGGCGCCCCCCGCCCCCGCCACCUCUGCAACCCCGCCGCCACCCACGCUGCUGCUGCGGGGGCGGGGGGCAUGGGGCAGGAAGGGGACAUGCGUGUGCAGUCAGCCAAGGGGGUGAGUGGGGGGCGAGGAGAGGAGGGCCAUGGUAAGGAUGUGCGUGGGAGGACAGGGGUGCAGUCAGGAGAAGAGGGGGGCGCAGGGCAGCAGCACGGCGACGGUGUGAGGGGUGGGAGUAGCAGGCAGCAGCAGGGCGUGGCAGAGGACGCAGGCUGCAUGGCCCACCUCCCUCCUUCUCCUCGCCCGGCUGCCUCGUCUGACCUCAACUCACCACACACGCCACAGCGGCAGCAGCAGAGCCAUUCGUGCAGCCCAUCCCCACAGCCCGACUCCCAGGCAGCAGCACAGCGUGAGGGGCAGGGCAGGGUGGCACGGGCAGGGAGUGGGCAACAGUGUGGUGCUGGCAGCGGUAGCGACAGCGACAGCAGCGCUGGUGACGGCAGUGGCAGCGAUGGCGGCGGUGCAUCCCCUGUGCGCCCACCCGCCUCGCCCAAGGAUGUCACCCCCUCGCCCACUUCCACCCUGCCCAUUCUUCCCCCCCAGGCUUCACCCACCGCCCCCACUGCCCCUGCUGGUGUGGGUGGCAGCAUGGGCGGCGAGUGGGAGUAUGGGGUUGCAUUUCUGGAGCGGCAGGAGAGCACAGCGGGCCCCAGCGCUGGAGCCGUGGUGUUGCGUGGCAGCGCCGAGGGCUCCGCUCCAAGCCCACUCUCAGCGUCUGUCACGCCUGCUGCCAGCGUGCCACGGGCUCGUGGGGGCGAUGGGGCAGGGCGCAUGAGCAAUGGGGAUGCCAGGGGAGCAGCGUAUGGUGGGGGCAGUGCAGGCGGCGAGGGUGGCAGGGGAGGGGGAGGGGGAGGGGGAGGGGGAGGGGGAGGGGGAGGGGGAGGGGGAGGGGGAGGGGGAGGGGGAGGGGUGGGGGUGCGGCGGCGCGCAUCAGAGAUGUCGGUGGACACAGGGGGCACGAGGGGCUCCAAGGGGGGCAACGCCAGUGAUGGCAGCAAGCGCAUCAAGAGGCCGCGAGCAGCGACGGAGGAUGCGGUGAUCCUGACAUCGCUGGACGACGGGUGGCACUGGCGCAAGUACGGGGAGAAGCCCAUCGUGGAUAACUACUUCCCACGGUCAGCCAUGCCACACGGGGCACUCCCCACCCUGCAUGCACCACCACAUUCUCUGCUGCACCAACUCCCUUUUUUCCUUCCCAUGAUAUCGUACUCCUCCAUGGUCGUUACCCCUCAAUCUCUUCCGCCCCUCACAUUCUCGCCGCCAUGCGCCCUCUUAUGUUCCCACGGUGGCAGUGAGUACUACAAGUGUUCCCUCAAGCGAGGGCUGCGCUGCCCGGCGCUGCGGCAGGUGGAGCGGUGCAACGACGACCCCAGCAAGUUCCGUGUCUUCUACAACGGCGCGCACAACCACGACCACCCCCUCUCACGCCACCGCCCCGCGCCCUCGUCCUCAGGGCUCAUGAGCAGCAGCAGUGGCGGGCCUGCCCCAUCCGACCCCCCCUCUGCUCGCCCAUGGCACCCCACCCGCGGGGGCAGGGGUGCUGUUCGCGCUGCUUCUGCUUCUGCUGCUGCUGCUGCUGCUGUUGCUGGCGCUUCUGGAGCGGUGAGUGGCGAUGGCAGGAGUGAUGGUGCUGCAGUGGCUGGAGCAGGCAGCGUGGCAGCAGUGCGUGCUGGCAAGCAAGAACCAGGGUCACAUGGACACGGGAGGCACGCGGACCAGGAGAGUGACAAGCAAGUGGCGGGGGUGGGAGCAGCAGCGGAGGGUGAGGGUGCAUUGACAGCAGCAGCAGCAGCAGCAGCACAGCCCAAGCACGCGAAUGUCCGAGAUGCUUGGGACCGUGCCCCCCUGGCAGAUACCCGCAGCGAUGGCAACGGCGAUGGCAACGGCGAUGGCAAUGGCGCUUUUGAGGAGUUUCAAAAGCAAUUCAAUGGCAAUGGCGAUGGCGAGGGUGAGGGUGAUGAGGAUGACGAUGCUGGUGAGUUUGGUGGGUUUGGCAUCAUCAUUCCCAGCACCACAGAUGCAUCGGAGCAUGGUGGCAUGGCAGCGUUUGCGUGCACGGAGGCAAGUGCACGCGCGUUGGAGCGCAGCUGCUCCAUGCAGGGCGAGACCGCCACUCCCCGCCACUCCUCCCUGCCCUCGCCCUGCUCCCCCGCUGCCGCCACCAAGCACCCUUUCACGCCAGCGGCCUCGCUUUUCAGCCCUGCUGCAUCUGCCGCCGCCCCUCUUACCACGUGGCCUCGCUAUGCAGCAGCAGCAGCAGGUGGCGGCGGUGGAGAGGAAGGUGCAAUCACCCCCAGCAGUGUGCCGGCAGCGGGCAGUCACUUUGGCGCUCUCACCUCGCCCAUCUCACCCCUCGCUUCCGUCGCCUCUCGCUCUGCCCCGCGUGCCGCCUGGCCGCCCAGCACCUCCCUGUGGCCGCACGCCGCUGCUGCUGCCCCUCACACUCGAGCCGGCGCCACCGCCUUGCCAGGGGUGGCAGGGGGCGGGGACAGGGGCUCCGUUGGAAGCGGGCGAGGGGGGGAGGAGGGGGGUUGUGCAGGGGAGGUACGGGCUGAAGGAGCAGGGGAGGAGGGAGUGGGAGGCGAGGGAGAGAUGGGCGAGGGCGAUGGAGGUGGGGGGGAGCAUGGUGGAGAAGGGGGAGGUGGCGGCGAGGGCGAGCAGCGAGGCAGGGGCGAGCAGAGCAUGGGUGGUGUGGGGGAGUCAGCAAGCGUACCUUCCCUCACGCUGCCAGGGCAGGCAGCAGUGGAUGUGCAAGCCUUCAAGUGGCAUGAGGAGGCCACCGAGCAGCAGGGCGCGCCCAGGAUGAUGUGGGGGCCCUUUGCUGCCACACUCGCAGGAGUGCACUCACCCAAGGCAGCAAGGCGCCAGAACGACUCACACGAGAUGAACCAUGCACCGCCCUUCUCCUCCCCGCCUGCCUGCCCGCCUGCUCCCUCACCGCCAGCAGCGCCCCAACCCCCCACUCAGGACCCCGUGCUGCUGCAGCUGCAGGCACUGCCGCUGCCGAACAGGGCGGAGGCGCAGCGGGGGGGAGGGGAGGCGCGGUACAAGGCGGUGCACAUGGAGAUGGACCUCCACCUGCCCCUGCCCCCCCCCGCACCUGCCCUCGCUGCCUCCCACACACCUGCACCUCCCCCAGCGCCCGCCUCCCCCCAGCGCACAGCACUGUCGUCCUCAGGCGCCCCUGCUCGUGACACCUGCCGGUCCGGGGCGGGCGCGGGGGCAGCAGAGGGGUCGGGCAUGGGCAGUGGCAGCAGGGACGGGGAGCCCCCGGAGAUCUUUGUGCCGGUGAGGCGGCCGCUGGACAUGAUGCGACACACGGACGAUGAGGCGCUGUCGCCGCCCACCAUCUCGCCCACCCUCAUGGGCCUGCUGCGCGCCUUCAACUCCCCGCGCGGCGCCUCCUGGUAG